CCCUAUAAGUAAGUAGGGCAUAAAGAACUGACUGGAAGGGAACUAUAGCUUGACAAACAGUGACCAUAAGAUGCUGGAGAUAGGCUAUACCGCUUACCAGCAGAAGCACUAUGUCACCUGCCAUUCCAGCCUACUCUGCUAUUGGUCUGCCACCAUUCGAGAUGCCGUCUACGCCCAAGCAAACCCCGUGCGUUGCAUCUGGAUCGAGUUCGAGCACAAAGAUGAACAAAUAACCGCUCUUUGGAAGCAGGUCGUCCAGUGGUGCUACACCGGAAGGCUCUUCGACCCGACAAGCGGCAGCGACGCCUCAAUCGGCACGGCUGACGACAUCGAGUUGAUCUGGAACGUAGCUGUCAGUCUCGAGAUGAACGAACUUGCUAACUAUUGCAUGCAUCUCAUCAUCGUCAAGUACUCCUGGGGCAUCACGAGUCGCGACACACUAAACAAGAAGAUCCAUCCUCGCGACAGCCCCUAUGACGCCUGGGGCCCCUACCACGUGUUCAUCAAUUGCUACAAGCUGGGUGUUAGACAUCGCAAGCUGCUUGAGUUCAUGGAAGAGUUCAUCGGCGCGUGUGGACCGCUGGCGCCGCGUAAACGCGCACGCGCUAGCCCGGCGACUCAACAGAGCUGGCAAACCACGUGCGGGGACAAUGAAGACUUCCGCGACUGGAUCGAACAAUUGGGUGGUCUUGAGCAUGAGCGAGUUGAGGCCGUGCUGCCAACACACUCCAAUCAGUGGGAUACGUACAUGAUACCAGCCCAUCCUAGAGUCCCGGAUAAUAUCCACCAAUGGUCAGAGGCGCACGAUGCGAAUACCCAGUGGGACAGUAAUCCUGUGGAUCUUAUGGGAGCCUAUGGGAAUGCAGGUGACGCACAGGGUCCUGAUUUCCAAUGGACGUUCUAUACUGUAGCUGCUGGCUGGAUUUUUUAGAUAGGGCCGAGAACGAGAUAUUUCCGAAGGGUUUCGCGUAUGAUUCAAGGGAUGCGGAAUGACCUGGUUUACUGAAGGGGGGGGAGUUUGGGGGAUAUACCCCCCAAAAAUUAUUGCCAAUAUGUUGUAGGUAGAAAUACCUUAGAUAUCACAGAAAAACAUCGCUGUUUUCCCAUCCUAUAAAUUCACACCGUGACACUUUCAAUAGAGG